UAGGGGGGCGCAGUGGACUUGAGGAGCGUGACGGGCCAACCGUAUCCCUCGAAGAAGACCCUGUUGCUAGCAUCACAUCUAGUUUCCUGCUGUCAUCUGCUUCCUCGGUGUCAUCGGGCCAACUGCUUUCCAUUCAUUUAUUUCCAAUCACUUACACGAAAUCCUUACUCCAUUAGUCGUUGACUACUCUGUAAUAUGAAGGGGUUAAAGAUCGUGACCGUGCUGUCGUGUGUGUUGGUGUCUUUGUUCUGUGUGGCGGAGGCUGCAAGGAACAGGAAAGACUCCAGCAACCAGAACAGCUUCCGCCGGGCGGCGAACGGUAUCUACCAGACCCUCAGCAAUGUAUUCGGCGAAGAAAAUAUUCGAGGAUUGUACAAGUUUUUCUCCAAGACAACCGAACGUUUUGUCCAUGGAGUUGACGGCUUUGUCGAUUCUAUCUGGAAGAUUUGGACAGAUCUGCUGGAUGUCAUGGGCAUCGAUUCCUCCAACAUGAGCCACUACUUCAGCCCCACCUCGCUGACCAACUCCCCGGCCCGCGCCCUGCUGCUGGUGGCCGCCGUGCUGCUGGCCUACUGGUGCCUGUCCCUCUUCCUGAGCGGCCUCUACUACCUGCUCCACUCGGUGUUCGGCCGCUUCUUCUGGGCGGUGCGCGUGUUCCUCUUCGCCAUGGCCUGCCUCUACAUCCUGCAGAAGUUCGAGGGGGACCCGGAGCGCGCCGUGCUGCCGCUGUGCUUCGUCAUGGCGGUGUACUUCAUGACGGGGCCCGUGGGCGCCUUCUGGCGCCGCGGCGGCGGCGGGGCCGGCUCCCUGGAGGAGAAGAUCGACCAGCUGGACACCCAGGUCAGGCUGCUCAACAUCAGGCUGUGUCGCAUCAUGGAAAGCAUGGACCGAUCAGCGGAGAAGUAGAGGGGGGAUGUGCUGGGGGGUUGGCGCGGGGGAUUCUGGGGGUGAUAGCUUGGGAGUUCCCAUGGGCACAUUUGACGGCAAUAACUUGGUGUUGACACUGCUGUUCUUGAGUUUUGGUGAAAUCUCCAUUCGAAACGAUGACGAACGAUAGUUUAGGCAAAUGUCACAAAAUAAUAGGUAUAGCUUUCAGUUUAUUUACACCUAACCCUGAAGUUGGUUUCUUUUUAAAUUAUUGUGAAUAUCCCCUAGGCCCUGAAUGUUUUUAUCAACUUUGUCUUUCCCUUUUGGAAAGUGUGUGUGUGUGUGUGUGUGUGUGUGUGUGUGGUUACCCAACCAUCUUUCUUACCAUUCCCAUCGAGCUCUCAUGUCAGACAAUUCCAUUUUAUUUACCCUCUCGGUUCCGUUUUAACUGUUAAUGCCACAGAAUAUUGUGACAUUAGUUUCCAUAAGAGCAGGUAUCAGGAACCCCUUUUUCUUACUGCAUUUACUGGUAUUUUGUACAAGUUCUCACGCAGGUUACACAUGUAAUUGGGUGCAUUGUUGGGAUAUGGGUGUGGUUACUGUUUGAACUUUGGACAAGCACUGGAUAAGACAAAUUAAUGGAAAUGACACAAGGCAACGCUAUCUCAGGGACAUAAGCAUAAUAUUAAAUACAAAAAUACAAUUGGAUACAAAUGUCAUCUGGAUUUAAUAUCCUAAAUAUACAGCGGUUGAUGGGGAAACGAUGUGUCGAGUAGGAAGAAUGGGAGAGUUGACUAGGCUUCACAUGUACCAAGGGAUAGUGCUCAUGGUGUUGCCAUUGCAUACCGACGCAUUUUUCAACAUACUCUUUUGUGUCCUGAAAAACUAGCAUGGCCUUUUUAUUGCUGUCCAAAUGUCUUUCUAUUACCUUUUGAGUUGACCUAAUAGUUAAAGCUGAUGGGUUUUCAAAUUAAGUUAUCAAUAACAACCAGAUGGAUUGAUAUUAUUGAGUCAGUGAUAUCCAUUGGUGGUCAGAUAUUGUACAUGGAAUUUAGUUGUCAUUUUUUUUCCGGAAACAUUGUGAUCGUGAACACAUCUCAUUCUCAUUUAAUCAUUCCUGGACUUGAAUGUUAGUUAAAUGGAUUAGCUUUAAAAUUGUGAAACAAAACAGCCUAUUAUUUUUCUAAUAUCUUUUCUGUAAAACUGUUUAAAUAACCUGCGUGACAUUUUUGUGGAAACGACUACCAAAACUUUUUUCGUUUUGGUUCAUCACAUCUGCCUUUUAUUUAAUUUUGUAUUGUUUUGGCCUUCAUUCUUCACAGUACUGUAUUUUUUACGGAUUUUUUUUUUUUUUUUUUUUUUUUGUUCCAAUUGAGACGCACACGAUAAUGUCUAGUUGCUGUGUUUUGGUUCUUCUUGCAUACCACCUCUUGUGUUCUUUGUAAUGAUCUCUAUUAACCCUGACUGCCCAUUGCACUAUUUUAAAUAACUAUCUUUUACAAUAUCUAUUUCUUUAACUUGUGUUGAUGGUGUUGUCGGCAAAGAUUGAAAUACUUGCCUGACCCUAGCGCUGUGUUAUUCAGAUAUGUAAUAUAUAUUCUUGUCAAUUUUUAUUGUAGAACAUGUUGAAUAUUCAGAUUUAUUUUCCAGCAUAAGAUGCUGAAGCCAGAGAAUGUCUGUGAUAUGAAGGUCUAAUCGGUUUAAUGAAUGCGGUAUGCUAGUCUCUAAUAUUUCCUUGGUGUCUGGACACCAAGACCAUAUUGGUGUCUGGACACCAAGACCAUAUUGGUGUCUGGAAAACCAAGAUCAUAUUGGUGUCCAGACCAAUAUUGCCCAGUAUAUCAGCGCUUCAGCUUAUUGGAACAACUUCUCUUAAGAACAUCAAACCACGGUAGCCACGCAGAGUGCCUCGUGGGGAUAAUGUAAUGGGGCCUAGAAUUAAAUAGAUAAGGAAUUAGAUAUUCCAAAAAGGGGUGCUUCCAAUCAAAAGUACAUUUUUAAUUAUUUGUGGCAGAGGCUGCAAAGUAAUAAGCAGGGUGUAACAACUCAAGAAUCCUGUUAAUCCGCAAAAAAAUCAUGUAAGCCGUUUUGGUUUUCUGAACUAAGUCUUCACUUCAAUUAAGCAGUUUAUUUUCUGGCCGUUGUUUGGGUUUUCAUGUUCUCUCAUGUUAGCUUUUUGAGUGUAUGCAUGGUUAAGUUAUUUGCUGAGUGUCGUGUUCAUUCCUCCAAAAUUCAGAAUUUCCUCUAUGAAUUAUUUACAGGAGCACCAAACGGGUCUCCCUGUUGUCUACUUUAUGAGUUUGUCUGAAUCUGUAAUUGAGUAAAGUUUUGGGAAAAAAAGUUGUCUUACAGUGCAAAUGAGGUCCAGAUGUGAAUGAAUUAAACUUUAUCACCACCGA